CAAAGAAAGAACCAUUCAUCUCCGUGAAUAACAUGGACAUUCUUUCUACCAUCUUAGUCGCACUAUUGCUGCUAUCUCUUCUAUCCAGCAAGAGUCUUUUCAAACACAAAAGAGCGAAGGACAUUGUACAGAGUGUGAGAAACACUGCUCCAGAAGCACCUGGAGCUUUACCCUUCAUAGGCCAUCUCCAUCAUCUAGGUGGCCAACUUCCUCUUGCCCGAAUACUGGGAUCCAUGGCAGAUAAAUACGGCCCGACUUUCUCACUCCGGCUUGGCAGUCGUCCGGCCAUCGUGGUGAGCAGUUGGGAGAUGGUGAAAGAGUGCUUCACGAUGAAUGACAAAACAUUUGCUAGUCGGCCUAAUACGGCAGUAGCCAAGUACAUGGGUAACAACAAUGCAAUCUUUGCGUUAGCACCUUAUGGACCAUAUUGGCGUGAUGUCCGUAAAAUGGUUACUCUGGAACUCCUCACUAACCAGCGUCUUGAGAAGCUCAAGCAUGUUAGAGCCUCGGAAUUCGACAAAUGGAUCAGGGAUUUGUACUCCCUAUGCUCAAAGAAUGAUCGUCCUGAUGUUGAUGUUCCUACGAAAGUGGUCUUAAACGAAUGGUUUGAGCUAUUGACUUUCAACCUUAUCCUCAGGAUGCUUGUAGGAAGGCCAUUUUCGACAAGCAGUCAAGGCAACGAUAAUUCUGAAGAUAGGCGUUUGAAAGAAGCAAUAAAGAAAAUGCUUUAUCUUGGCGGAGUUUUUGUUUUCUCGGAUGUGAUUCCAUGGAUUGAAUGGUUGGACAUUGGAGGCCAUAUCAAAUCCAUGAAGAAGGCCGGCAAAGAACUUGAUGAGGUCUUAGGGCAAUGGCUUCAAGAACAUAUCCAGAAAGCAAAGCAAUCACAUCCUGAAAGUGAAGCCGUUCACGAUUUCAUGGACGUAAUGCUAUCAACAAUACCAGAAACUGGAGAAAUUUCUGGCCAUAAGCGCGAUGCCAUCAUCAAAUCAACAACUGCAACUCUUAUAAUGACAGGGUCAGAGAGCACAGCAGAGACGUUAAUUUGGGCACUAUCUUUACUACUCAAUCAUCCAAAUAUCUUGAAGAUUGCACAGAACGAGUUGGACGUCCAAGUAGGGAAACAGAGAUGGAUUGAAGAGGCCGACAUCAAGAACUUAAGUUUUUUACAAGCCAUUGUGAAGGAAACAUUCCGCUUGUAUCCACCAGGUCCAUUAUCGGGACCUCGCGAAGCCACUGAAGACUGUUACCUAGGCAAUUUUUUCGUCCCAAAAGGUGCCCGUUUAAUCGUUAAUCUCUGGAAACUGCACAGAGACCCCCGAAUUUGGUCUGAUCCAUUGGAAUUCAAACCAGAGAGGUUUCUGAAUUCUCAUGCAAAUAUCAGCUUAAAAGGGCAGAGUUUCGAGUAUAUUCCAUUUAGCUCUGGAAGAAGAAUGUGCCCUGCGGUCAAUUAUGGGAUGAAUGUUGUUCAGUUGACGCUUGCACGUAUGCUGCAGGCAUUUGAUAUUGCAACACCGAUGGGGAUGCCGGUGGAUAUGGGUGAAGGAUUGGGAGUUGCCUUGCCUAAGCUAAAACCUCUUGAAGUUCUCCUCACUCCACGACUUCCUGUGGAACUCUAUCAGAAACUGUGAAUUCCAGGAACAUGAACUUGGAAAUUCCAGUUUGGCGUAGUUUAGUACAUACUAAAUACUAAAUAAAAGCUGGUCAGGCAUUUAUCUGCUGGAGAAAGGGUGAUUUCUAAAGAGAAAAAGUCUGGGCUCUGAGUUAUAGUACAGCUUUGAUUAGAUAUGUUCUCAUGUGUUGCUUCAACUUGUAUGAAGCUAGAUUAUCACUUUUUAUCGUUUUAGUUAUGAAGUCGUGAUUCACUACAUUCGUAGUA